AUGGCGAUGGGCACACAACUCGUGGUCACGCUCGCCCCUCGCUGGCAGCGCAACUCCUAUUUGGACGGGGUGCAGCUGGUGGUGGUGGUCAUCCUCCAUCCCGGUUUGCAGCAGCGGUGGCUGCUCGCCAUGGGCACCUCUCCAGCUCUCCCUCUGAGAUGCAAGUUAUAUGCUUUCAGCGUGAUCACCCCUGCUAGCCGCUGCCGCCGCCCCUGCGUCACAAAAAGGAGCGAAUCAGGGUCCAUAAUCGCCGGAGAGGAGCAAAUCCAUGGUUUCUACAAGGAGGUGCUCAAUCGGCUGCCGGUAAAGGGGAUUCCCUCGUUGGCACCGCGCCUUCUCAAGGCCGGCCUUUGCAUCGGCUUCCUCGACCCAAUCUCCAACAUCAUCCUCAACGCCAUCUCCUACUGUCCUUCUCUGUUGCCCAGCCUCGAAGAGGGUGUAUCGUCUAGGAAGACGAUCUUGUCCAAGAUCAUCACCGACACUAACGACCCCAGAGUCUUGGACAUACCGCUGUCGGCGCACACGGUCCACAGCAUGACGGUCGCGCGGCGGUCUCUAGAAGGUUUGGUGAGCUUCCUCAUCUACUACUACCGCUACCUCGCGGAGGCAGAAGCCGUGCGCUACCUUCGCCUGGCCGGGGCCGACCUCCUCGUUGCCGUGUGGCUUAUUGAUCAAGAUCGUAACAAGCCCUCAGUGUCCGUUUCUGACCUAAUUGAGAGGAAGGCUUCAUUCGAUAUCUCUUCCCCUACCACCAAAAUAGCCCUGCGCUGUGCAGCCACCUCUGCGAGGCACCCCGAACCAGCCAUUCUGGUGAAUGCGGCACUGUCACUGGCAUCUUCGCCGUGUAAUGUAUCUGAGUAUCUACAGCAGUAUCCCCGCCUCUCCAUUAGAGAGGUGAGGUGCCUCCGCCAGUGGCUCAGCCUUCAACACUAUGUCCAUAUGCCCCCCAUCGACAUAUGGCGUCCCAUGUGUCUUGCCGCUUUACGUCUUCCUGUUGUGAAGAGGAAGGAGAAAGAGGAGAAAACGUCUGGAUCGUCUGGAUAUACAGAGUCUUUGAGGCUGUUGCUUCUUGACAAGAUCCAUGAGCUUUACCUAGAUGCUCUUUCCAGGCUAUCUGGAGAUGGCUUGUGCAAGCGUCUCGCCUGCAGCCUCCUCAAGGCUGGCUAUUGCUAUGGCCGAAUGGAUCCUGUCUCAAACAUCAUCCUCAACACUGUGUGUUAUGACAAUGACCCUUAUAGGGAAGCAGCGCGUGCUUCAUGGCAUCCUGACACUGAUGCUCUGGUAAAAUUCUUUUCGUCAUCCAUAUUCACAGAAUCCAAGUCAUGUGAGCCGACUCUUGCAUUCAUGGAUGGUGGAAUUGAGCGGCUCGCCAUGUUGAUUUCACGCAGUUCUUCACAUACCAACUCAAGCUCGGAGAUCUUAUCAAAAAACCAGAAAAUGUUCAUUCAGGCGGUUCAAAAGAAGUUUAAGGCUGACCAAGGAUUCUUUGUCAAGAAAGUCAAUGCUGCAUUGUUCAACUAUAGUCAACAAACAGGGGUGCAAUAUGAACUUCAGAUGAUUUGCACUGUGAAUCCUGUUGUGGUUGAAGGUACAAGUGUUGCCCUUUUUAAGAAAAAUUGCAAAUACGAGUAUUCUCAUAUCAACUUCUGGGCAACGCCCAAGGGAUCAAACUUCUCUGCCCCUGGCCCAGUACUAUUCUUUGCCCAAUGUAGCAAUGGUGAUAAAGAUGAGGACGAAAGACCAUCCAUGUGCGUCCCUGUAUCGGGUUCCUGGAUAUCUGAUGGUAUACUCUCUUAG